GCUCGUGGGGUCAGUGUAUCGGGGAGGUGUGUGGUUCCAGUGGAGUCCAGACAAGGACGAUAUGGUGUGUCCACAUAGAGGGCUGGACCACCCAUCACUCUCACUGCCAGCAUGUGGAAAAGCCGGAAAGUAAACGGCAAUGUUUUAAGAUCUGCAACUGGCACCAGGAUCUCUUUGAAUGGGAAAUUUCUGACUGGGGGGACUGUGUUCUUGUUUCUUUCUUUUCCAAUGAACUCAAAUUGAGGACCACUGAGUGUAUUACAGCCCAGCAUGGCAUUCAGAGGCGCAAUAUCCACUGUGUUCGAACUUCCAAUCGAAGUACCGUCAGCAUAAGGAUAUGUGAGUUCUUUUCACAGAAACCUCCUGUGGAGCAAGCGUGCCUCAUCCCUUGUCCUCAGGACUGUGUAGUUUCAGACUUUAAUUCGUGGUCAAGUUGCAGUAAAACCUGUGGUGCUGGUCUUCAGCAUCGAACUAGAGACGUCCUUGCCGCACCAAUGUAUGGAGGAGAUAACUGCCCUAAUCUAACUGAGAGAAGGACUUGUACUAACUCUGUUGACUGCCCUCUUGCAGAAGGUGAGUACCAGUACAGUCUUAAAGUUGGGGCAUGGAGUAAGUGUCGACUACCGCAUAACAAGGAUGCCUUCUUAAAUGGAAGGACAACAGUGGACUUUGGUGCUAGCUCCAGUGACAACAACUCAGUUAUGCUACAUACAUUGGAUUCUAACAACCAGUUUAAUCAUCACCGGUACCACCACCACAAUGCUCAUGUGCAUUUAAGGUACCCCAUGUCAUGGGACUUGGAAGUGGGAUAUCAGACACGACAUGUACGCUGUGCAAGAAAUGAUGGAAAGAAUGUCAUGCUAAGUCUAUGUACCAAGGACAACACUCCGUUGACCUACCAGGCGUGUGUGAUGCCCAAAGACUGCCAAACUUCUGAUUGGUCAUCAUGGAGUUACUGCUCAAAGACCUGCCAAUCCACCGACCUGUCUCCUGGGUAUCGGCUCCGGACACGGAUCAUGACACAGAUUCCAUAUGGAGGAGGAAAACAAUGUCCUGCUCUUGAGGAAAAGGAGGCCUGCAACAUUAUCGGGGAUUUGCUUCCAAAAUGUCCAAGGUACACUUGGAAGACUACAGAUUGGGGUGAAUGCCGCAUUCGACCCUUAAUAGGGCAGCAGGAUCGACGGCGGGCUAACAUCAGUAUGCUGUGUGGAGAAGGGGUCCAGACCAGGAGCACCUACUGUGUUCAAGUCCUUGAUGAUUCAGCACCACAUUACAGGAAGGAAGUGUCCAGGCCUGUGAAUGCCUGGCUGUGUGAUGGAGAUGAUCCUCCAUUGGCUGUUCAAAACUGCACCAUUGCUUGCCAGCAUCAGUGCUUGCUGUCCCAGUGGUCGCCCUGGAGUGCCUGCCUCCAGGAAAACUGCACAGAACCUCAAGGGAAGAGAGGUUUCAGAAAAAGGAAGAGAGAGGUGUUGUGGGAGUCCAGUAAUACUCUGGGGACUUGCCCUCAUCUGAUGGAGUUCAUCCCCUGUGAGGAUCUUGUCUGCUACCGGUGGCAAAUCCAACAAAAGGAAAAAUGCAUUCCCACCAAUAGCUCCUGUGGUCCUGGAACUGCAGUACAGAAUGUGACCUGUGUCAAUGCUGAAGGAGUCGACGUGCCUGACAUCCACUGUGCAGACGUCCAUCCACCCACUGAGGAGGCCUGUGAUGUUCCCUGUUCUGCAGACUGUGUGGUAGGCUCUUGGUCCUUUUGGUCACCCUGCUCACACAGCUGUGCUACAAAGACUGCAGAGGGCAAGCAGAGUCGCACUCGCACUGUAUUAGCCAUUCCAGGAAAAGAUGGCAAAGUGUGCCCAGCAGCCCCAGCACUAGAGGAAUGGAGAGUCUGCAAUGACCACCCUUGCCCUGUAUUUUAUUGGAAUGCCUCAGAAUGGGGUCUCUGUACUGAGGAUGCUUCUGCAAAAAUCAAUGCAAGCAGCUUCCAGAAUUGGACGUCUUCCUGUCCAGUUGGUGUCCAAAGCCGUAAUGUUAGUUGCAUGAAGACGAAUGCUGGUCCAGUCACAAAUAAAAGGUGUUUAGAUUCUUCUCGCCCAGAAACUAACCGACCCUGCUUGCUUCCCUGCAAGAAGGACUGUGUAGUGACCCCCUUCAGUGAAUGGACAGCAUGCCCAACAUCUUGUCUCCCAGAUAAUUCAACUGCUGCCAUGCAAUCUCGGUACAGAAUAAUCAUUCAGAGGUCUGCUAAUGGAGGUCAAGAGUGUCCUGACACACUGUAUGAAGAAAGGGAGUGUGACUCAGUUCGUGUUUGUCCAGUUUAUAGGUGGAGGAUGCAUAAGUGGCACAGUUGUACUCUGGUUCCAGAUUCUGUUAGACGAGGAUUAUCUGGAUCAGGAGAAGCCUGUGGAAAUGGUUUAGAAACAAGAGGGAUCAGUUGUGUUGGGGAGGACGGUAUGCCGGCCAACAUGACAGAGUGCCUGCAAUGGGCUGGCCCCUUUCCCUCUCAUAUUAGAAAGUGCCGGGUGGCGUGCAAGGAAGACUGCACUCUAACUGCUUGGUCCAAGUUUUCCGAAUGUGCCGGAUGUGGCAGCUCACGUACUCGCAGGCGUUCACUUGUGGGCCGUAGCAAAAAGAAGGAGCAUUGCCUGAAUGAGGAUUUGUACCCGCUGGAAGAGAACGAGACUUGUCCCUGUAAUCAGUUUUUAUCUCAGCCAGUUGGGAAUUGGUCUGCGUGCAUCCUUCCAAAUUCUCCAGUUUCGCUGCAGGGCUGGAUGAAGCAGCAAGAGGUAAAGGAGUGUGGCCAAGGUCUUCGCUACAGAGCUGUGGCUUGCAUUGACCAGCAAGGACACCUGGUUAACCCAACACUCUGUACAGAUUCAGGCCACAUCGUCGAGAUUUGUCAUAUUCCUUGCCCCCUCGACUGUAAACUCAGUGAAUGGUCUUCCUGGACAGCCUGCAGUUCCUCCUGUGGGAGUGGGCUGAAAAUGAGAUCCAAGUGGCUCAGGGAGAAAGCGUUUAAUGGUGGACGUCCAUGCCCCAAGUUGGAUUUGAAGAACCAGGCUCAGGUGUAUGAGGCUGUGCCAUGCCAGAAUGAAUGCAGCCAGUACGAAUGGCAGAUCGAACCCUGGUCCAUUUGCACAAUCAACACUGUGGAUGACCUGCCAGCCUGCGGGGAGGGAGUCCAGAGUCGGAAGAUCAGGUGUGUGAUGAAGGGAACAGCUAGUCGGGAAGAUGCCAGCGUAGACGUCAGUCUGUGUGAUCAGGAGGAAAUGCCUCCCAGGGCCCAAGUUUGCUAUUUAGCCUGUCCUAAUGACUGUGUAGUGGCAGCCUGGGGAGCAUGGAGCAACUGUCCUCCGCAGUGCGACCCUGGCAGUAAAAGGAACAGAACCAGACACAUCCUCCGCCUUCCUGCCUCAGAGAAAGCAGCCUGUCCAGAGCUGGUUCAGUCAGAACCUUGUCUUUUAAACAGCACCUGCUUCACUUACCAGUACAAAGUCUCAGACUGGAGUACCUGCCGGCUGAGUGAAAAUGCCAUCUGUGGUCAGGGUUACCGGUCGCGUCUGCUGGACUGUGUGCGGAGUGAUGGUAAAACUGUGGAGUUGCAGAAGUGCCAACAGUUUGGUUUGAUCAACAAGUUGCAGCUGUUGGAGAGCUGCAUGGUUGACUGUCCUGUCAGCUGCAUCCUCAGCGAAUGGUCACCGUGGGCGGAUUGCUCGCACACCUGUGGGACUCAAGGUCACUCUGUACGAACCCGGAGAAUCCUUCAGGAAGCUCAUGAGGAAGGUCGUCCCUGUCCCAACCAGCUUACUCAGACAAAACCUUGUUCCAUAAAGCCUUGCUAUAUGUGGCUGUUGAAUGACUGGUCUGCAUGCACUAUUGAGGGUGCAAAGUGCGGUGAGGGAGUCCGGAGAAGAAAUUUCUCCUGCGUCGUCGACUGGGGGAACUGGCAUGAGUCUCCUCCGCCUCAGCCUGUGGACACAUCGCUCUGUGGAGAUGUUCAGAGGCAGCAACUGCAGCAGGAAAUGGAGCAGCCCUGCUUUGUCCCCUGCCCAGGUGAUUGCCAUUUGACAGAGUGGUCUACUUGGAGCUCCUGCCAGCUGAUCUGCCUGGAGGGCCGCAGCUUUGAGCCCACCGGCCGUCAAGCGCGUUCUCGAGCUGUGAUCGUUCAGGCAAUGGAGAACCAAGGCAGCUGCCCACAGCAGAUCUUUGAGACCCAGACUUGUAAAGGAGGAAAAUGCCACAGUUACCAGUGGAAAAUAGGAGGAUGGACCAACAACAAGAGGGCAGUGUGGUGUCAGCGCUCAGAUGGUGUUAAUGUGACAGGGGGGUGUUUCCCACAAAAAAGGCCCACUACCAUUCGACACUGCCAUCCUCCGUGCACAAAGCCCUUCUCACACUGCACACCGAGUGGAGUGUGUGGGUGUGAGAAGGGCUACACUGAAGUGAUGACUUCACACGGCUUCUUGGACUACUGUACCAGAACCCCAGGGGUGGACAACAGCAAAAAAGCCGAUGUGAAAACUAACUCUGGAAGAUUAAAACCCCGACCAUCUCAAGCCAACAACCUGUUCAGCGAGUGGACCUUAAGGCCUGUUGGCCCAGAUGGGAGAGUGAAGCUGUGGGUUUACGCUGUAACCGUCGUUGGAUUCAUUGUCAUACUUUUCAUCAUUACGGUGUCAUUCUUGAUCUGUAAGCCAUCCAAAACCUCUAAGGCAUCUCCUCCACCACAGAAGCCCUUGACUCUUGCCUAUGAUGGCGACGUGGAUAUGUAACCAGGCUGCUAUACCUCACGAGGACAUGUUUGGCCUUGGGCCGGAUUUUGGCCUUGUUCACAUCGUUGCCCAGGAUAUGCCCUGACCUGCUUUAGCAGGGUUAUGUUUGAGAUAAUAGAACUAUUGGGUUUGCUGCUGAAGGCGCAGAAUAUUGGCAGACUCAUACAAGCAGAGCAUAAGCCAAGUGAGACGAGACUGAGACAUGGGCCUCUAGUUCCUUUUUUUCUAUGACUGCCUGCUACAUGAACACAGGGUGCAAGCACCACUUGCAAACGAUGAAGCAAGACUUUUAGGCACUAAAGACAAAAUCAAUCCACAAGUGAGUCUUUUGUGGAAUGUUUUGAGUGUCAAGAAUUAUAGGGACCACAAUUCUGUUUUUGUUUUUUUUUUCUUCUUUAGUUUUGGAGAUUCUGUAGUCAUAUUUUAAUUUUUCUCAAUAGAUGCUGAACUGUUUGAAAGGCCCAAGCUCUUUGAAUAAACUCUUAUUCCUUAUUUCCAAACAAAUAAGAUGGUUUAUGCACUACGUUAGUGCUGAGUCAUUUUUAUUUUAUUUUGACAACUUUUCUAGUGUUUUAACUGUACUUCGUUUCAUUUUUUUUAUUAUUUUUCUGUCCAAUUGUGUAUUGUUGAUGAUGCAAUAUGUUGUGUAUACAUGGAAACCAAAAUCAAGCCUGCCUCGAGUUGAAGGACAAGUGUGAUGUGGCUAUUUCUCUGUCCUCGUGUGACUAACAGCUGCAGAAAACACAUCUCAACAACAAGUUCAAAAUGUCACUGUUAUUGAAGCGCACACCAUUUUGAUGCAUUCAGUUUAAGAACAAAAUAAACAAAACACAUGCAACUGUAAAGAUUGGAAACCAGCAUGAUUGAGAUCAUACCUCAUACCUCAAUAUGAUGCAAAACAAAACUUCACUUACCACUCUAAUAUUAUGGGGAAUCAUAAGAAUAUUGGCUGGGUUACUCCUUGUAUCAGCACUGAUCAGACAUAACAUUAUGACCACAGACAGGUAAAGUAAACAGAUCAUUUCCUUAUCAUGGCACAUCUAAGUAGGAUACAUAAGGGUGUAAGUGAGUAUGAUGACCUCAAUGUUUAUGUGUUAGAAGCUUGAAAACAUGGCAAAUGUUACAUUUGAGUGCAUUUGACAGGGGCAAAGUUGUGAUAGUUAGUAAAAUGGGUCAAAGCAACUGCAGAAUUACAUCUAUAUAUCAAAAGCUGUCCACAGCAAGGAAGGGUGGUGAACUUAUGACAAUCCCAAUGAUGCACAUAACACAGCAGAAGA